ACAUGGUCAUGGCAACAUAUCUCGUGUGUGGUCUGACCGCCAGAUGUACGUGUAGAAGCCAUACACCGUGUAAAUUGUUUUAAAGGACGUCUCGUGUUAAGUGCCAUUAGUCCGACACACUCUUAGGAAAUGUCAAAGUGAUGGAAGGAUGUGACUUCUCAAGACGACAGACAGGAGGUGCGAUGCGUGAUCUAUCACCUGUGUGCGACACCUGAGGUACCACGGAUCGCCAUGAGCCCGCCACACCUGGCCAGGCCUGUCGUCUGCGUCCUGCUGCUCAGCGUCGGGCUGUCCCUGACGGCACAGGAGGAAGUCUACAGCCUUGGCCACAUCGAGGACAACCGAUGCGUCUGCACCUUCGUCGCCCCGUACAAUCAGCCCGACAGCCCGACCAAGACAGCCCGCGAGGCGCCCUCCGACUGCCCGUCCCUGGACGCGUCCGAACUGCAGCGCCUGAAAGACGACGUCGUGCUCGUGCACAGGCACCAACUGGCGAACCGCGAGCAGCUAAACACGCAAACCACGGGCAUGUUCAACCUGACGACACGGAUGCACACGUUCGAAGAAUCGCUCCGUAAAUACGCCAGGAAGCAGGUGGCACAGGACGGUAACAUGGGAGGGUUUCAGAAGGAGACGAGGAAACUGAGACGGCUGAUCACCAAGCAGAGGCAGGCCCUCGCCGGCAUGCGGUCCCGGGUGGACUCCCUGACAAACGACCUGGAACAUAUGCGGGGGGUGAACGAGCAGCUACUGCAGGAACUACAGGUACAGGCCGAGAAAAACGAGAUGCAGCGGCGCAGAUUGGAAGACCUGCGCGUCAAACACGAGGCUACGGAGACUCAGAUCCAGGAGUUUCUGUGGAUCGUCACCACGGUGUUGAAGACUGUCCCCCGCCCGGACCGGGAACAGCUCGGGGAAACAGGCGGCGACGAGGGAGACCCGAGCCGCGCCGAACCGCCCGGACACAGACCCGCGGCUCCGCCGGAAACUGCCGAGGAGAACACCGACGGCUCGGCCCAAGGGAGCGAAGUUGGCGUCGACGCCGACGAAUUCGAUGAGUUGUAUGACGACCUGUACAUAACGCCUAAACCGAGGCGAAGGCGAUUCCAAUAGGCAAAGCCAACCAUAUAAUCACACUAAACCCAGGUAUAUCCUUACGUUUCCUUAUAGACAACACUGUAAAUACCUUACAUGUCGUUAAUGACGGCCGUUUCAAACGGCAGCCAACUUUGACUCACGAACAUUAACUCCGUCAUGUGAGACAACACAGACAGAAACAUUGCCUAUUAAUUAUACCGUACCUGGCCAGCCGAACAAUUUGUACAUUCACACCACGGAAAAUAGCCAGGAGAUGAGCCGAAACUGCCCGGUAAUUAAGUAGACAUUCGACCAGGUAAGACCCUGUGGCUAGUCUCUCAGUGGGUUGACAUUAAUUAUUUCUGUCAUUAGAAAUUCCACAGAGAAUAAUUCCAGUAAGUAUACAAGAACGUGUUUAUAGAACUGACGUAUACGAUCUCUAUUAAUUUAUAUCGUUCUCUUGCACCGAAAACUGUCGUGCAGGUGUUCACUCGCUCCUAAGGGUGUUCUGAUUUCUUGUGGUGAAAAACAAAAUGGCCGCCUUCGUGUAUGUGUAUGGGAAGAACAUCGUUUGAAAAUUGAGCACAGCCACUGUGCUUGUCAUUGCUCUGUGAACGAAUUGAAGAUAGUGCGGUAACCGGGGCAUGUAACACAUUCCGCUUCGCCAAAUAUCGCUAAACGCUAAGUACUACCUAAAUAGAUUGCAAAAUAGCUACACGCGAGACCUUUGAUCUGCUAUGAUGUUAUUCUACAGCAUAUUGCCCCUGUCUUUUGUACAUAGUUCUGCCAUGUCUAGCGAAACCGACCUCUUGUGCGUUAUAAUUGUUCGCGCACCGACCUAAGUUAAUCGAUGACUGUGCUCUCCAUAUAUGGUUGAUAGAGCGGACGAGCAAAGGUAAACCGUUGCCUACGGGCCUCCUGAAGCAUUGUCUCCCCAAGCUUUGUAAGCCACUUUAAUGCCAACCUUUUUCACCCGUCUCACUACAUAAACUUAAAUAACGACUUCUGUGGCUUGGCCUCAUUAUUACCGAGUCUUCGCCCUUGUCUUAUUUAUUUCUUGCACAGAUAAAUCAGUCAGGUUGAGAGCGAUCCGUUAAGAGGGUGUCUUC